UAGGUGCAGAUAUCAAAUGAAACGCACCGUCUCCGAAAGAGCAGAAAAGGGUUUUUGAUUUCGUUCCAAUAGCAGCAGACACAGUGGUUGAUAACAACAGCAAACACCAGAUUUCGCUCUCGCUCUCUCCUUCAACCGCUGAACUCGUUUCAGCUACCAUCAUGGCAGAUGAAGCACAAAUUGAUGUGAAGGAGGAGGUUCCUGAUAUUGCACCAUUUGAUCCUACUAAAAAGAAGAAGAAAAAGAAACCUGCAGUUGUAGAUCUUGAUGAUGAUUCAGUAGAUAAGUUGGCUGAGAAGACAGAAAAUCUGUCAGUUUCUGAGGGGUUUGAUAGUACAUUAGCUGGUGCAAAAAAGAAGAAAAAGAAGCCUGUUGAAAUCAGUAACUUAAUUGAAGAGAGUACUGAUGCUAUAAAUGAAGAUUUGGAUGAUCACGCUGAAGAAGAUGGCCAAGAGGCUGUUUCCUUGCAACCUCGUUACCCUUGGGAAGGGAGUGAUCGUGAUUAUCAAUACGAGGAGCUUUUGGGCAGAGUGUUUAAUAUUCUACGUGAGAAUAAUCCCGAACUUGCUGGAGACAGGCGGAGGACUGUCAUGAGGCCUCCACAAGUGCUCCGUGAGGGCACAAAGAAAACUGUUUUUGUGAAUUUUAUGGACCUUUGCAAAACGAUGCAUCGGCAGCCAGAUCAUGUCAUGGCUUUCUUGCUUGCGGAAUUGGGUACAAGUGGUUCUCUAGAUGGACAGCAGAGAUUAGUUGUCAAGGGAAGGUUUGCACCAAAGAAUUUUGAAGGAAUUUUGCGUCGAUACGUCAAUGAAUAUGUCAUUUGCCUUGGAUGCAAAAGUCCCGACACAAUACUUUCUAAGGAAAACCGUUUGUUCUUUCUCCGGUGUGAAAAGUGUGGUUCAGGAAGAUCAGUUGCACCGAUCAAGGCUGGUUUUGUUGCUCGUGUUGGCCGUAGAACUGCAGGGGGGACUUGAUUGUCUUUUUUUCCCCUUCAUUUUUGAAAUCUAUAUGUGUAAACUAAGGAGAAUGAACCAUCUCCCAACUUUUGUUUGACCUACACAUGAUGUACACCCUAUUUGAGUUGAGUUCGUUCCAGUACAUUUUUGGCAUGUUUUCGAUAUAUAUGUUGAUGGUUCUUUGAGUUUA